GUGCCAUAUUUUGUUUUCGUUCAGCAGAUCAUCGAAGCAGGUAUUUUCCUUUCAGUAGAAAAAAAAAAAAACAUACUGAAUCGAAGCAAAAUUUACACACCGCGCUCUCUGCGUCGACGUCGAAUCAUCAUCACUGGCUGUGACAGUUCGUUAAUAGUUGGAGCAAGGAGUUCUCCGAGUACACACAACAAACACAGGCUUAGAAGCCCCACAUUUUGUACGUUUCACAAUUGCGCACGGAACUUGUCAGCGGUUCGCGAAUUCGUCAUUGAAAGUCGGUGGCAUGUCAAUGAACUUCCUGUUAUAGAAGCAUAGAGGUUGUCUAAUCACCGUCGGAGUCGUCAAGAGUUCGGUUCGCAGCUUUUUGAACGAGAGACAAGAGGGCCCAGAGAAGGAAAAUAAAACAGAACUAAAUCAACAUACAACACAUCAAACCGCUGGCUGCUGGCACAGUGUAUCGAAACCAGUUCUACACGCAACAAGAAGGAAAACGCAACCAUGUCCACUGAAACAGAGGACGCCAAUUUUGACGAAACGCUCAAGAACCUGGAGCUGCUGAGUGCCACCGUCGUCGCCGCCGCCUCCAGGUCGGACCACCCAUCCGGGGUCACCACCGUCCCCAACCCGUUCCAGGUGCCGGAUCUUUCCGCCGAGCAUCUCCUCCAGAGGAACGAAUCCAUCGUCAAGCAGAUAUUCGGAGCUCGCUGCGAGUGUGGUGCCGAACGGGGUGGAGCGGCGACUUGCCACAAGGGAUCCACGUCGGCGCAUAAGCAGCAGGGCAGUCUGGAACACGGAAUUAUCAACCCAACUCCGUUUAAGCACAAGGUUAAGGGCGAAAAGAAGGUCAUCGUGCGUGAAGCCAUCUUGAAGAACAUUGGCAAGUGCGUGCACCAGAAUCUGGUAAAGCAAAACACUUUGUCCAAGGAGCUAACCAAACAGCAGCAGCGACUUUCGAACACGUUUCUGCCGGCACCGUCUCCGCUGAAGCCAUCUCGAUCGGAGAACAAUCUUUCCAAGGGCUUCAACCAGGACGCCGGCGACGACAUUCUAGAUUUCAGGUUACUCGUCGCCCAGUGCAGCGAACUGACCCUGUCGAACGGUUCCAAGCCAGCGGACGGUCCGAACUUUUCCCGCAACAGCUUCAAAACCCUACGUCAACCGGAUAUCUUCGCCAGCAGCAGCCACAGUCCCAUGACCUUCAUCGGCCCAGCCCGUCGCAAUCGGCGCGCUCGACAGCUUAAACGAUACAACAGUACCUCAUCGCUGGAGUCGGACAGCAGCAGCAGUGGCAACGGCAACAGCAGCACCGUCCCGGCCAUCGGAGGAGGUUCAAGCAACAACAACACCAGCAGAACUCCACCCCAUCACAGCUCUCAUCCCCAGCAUCAGCAACAAGGUCUGCAGCAAUCUCCCAACUCCUCUUCGUCGUCCCCAACGGCGUCGUCGUCGGCAUCCUGUUCGACGCAGGCCCGGCUCAACGGCAGCUCGAUGCCCUGUGACAUUACGAUCGACGAAAUGGCCAGCUACUUCGAAACGCUGGUCCAUAUUCCAAAGAAAAUGUCGUCGAUGGCGGAAAUGAUGUACAUUUAAGCGGGUUGAAAAUCAGCAGAGUGAGAGAGGGAGUGUGCGAGGUAUAGUUUCAAGCGAAGGUGGUGAUUACUUCUUUAUAUUUUUUCUUAUUUAAACAUAUUACAAAACACAGGGUUAGAGCUUUCCGUAGUAGCGUCUCUUUGAGUGAGGUGAGUUCAGUGAAGAGUGAAUUAUACUGUAAUUUGAACUCUAUCAAUGCCUGCACGCGCAGCUGUGCGUCGUUUCCUUAAAACUAUGUUAAACAUGUCCCUUUUCUCUUCUCUCUUGUGGAUGUUAAUGUGCUGCGAACGUAAGCAAAUAAAAUUUUAAACAGUGAAUUUAUGGAAUUCGUCCCGGGCACUUCUCUUUCCACAACCAUAAAACCCCGCAGUCCGAACUUUAAGUUUGCGCGCUUGUUUUACAGUUCCGAGCAAUGACUAAUUGUGCUUAGUUUUAAUUUUUAAACAUAAAUCUAAAUAAAACUCAUAGCCGUGCGUAGAUCAAAUAAUAAUGCAGUAUAAAUAUCUAAUCUCAGUGUAAAAGUGAAACUUUUAUAAGUGUAGGGCAAAAUUGGUAGGCAAAAUGUGUCAAGAUUUUUUGGCGUUACAAAAAAACCCUUUACACACAAAAAAAACCUAUCAACUGAUAGAAAAAUCCCCCACAUAUUUGUGUGAAUUCGUGAUGUUACAAAGUUUCAAAGCGGGUUUGAAGGUUUUUGUUUGUUUUUGGUGAUUUCACGCGCGCCCGCGCUAGAAGGAUCAGAAUCGAACAAACAAGUGUAAAGUUCUGGAGUUUUUUUUAAA